AUGGCGCCAACUCCGGUGACUAUCAUCACAGGCUUUCUGGGCAGUGGCAAGACGACUCUAAUUCUGAAUUUAAUUCCCCAGCUUCCGCAAACCUACAAGCUUGCGCUUCUCAAAAAUGAGUUCGGAGAUCUUGCAGUCGACUCGCAGCUAGCGGGUUCAGCAUCGAUUUCGGGGGUGCGCGAGCUUCUCAAUGGGUGCAUCUGCUGCAAUCUAGUGGGCCAACUCAGCGAUGCACUGUUCCAACUGCGCGAAUCCGUCGACCCUAGCAGAAUCAUCAUUGAGACGUCCGGGUCUGCGUUCCCAGCCACGCUGGCCAUGGAAGUGAACAGGGUGGCGAGGGAGAAACCCGGGACCUUCGCUCUGGAUGGUGUGAUCAGCGUCAUCGAUGUCGAGAAUUGGAAGGGAUAUGACGAUACUAGCUACACCGCGAAAAUGCAGGCUAAGUAUACCGACUUAGUGGUUUUCAACAAGUGGGAACUGGUGGACGAGAGAAAGUUUGAAGACGCGUUAGACAGGCUGGGUGACUUGGAAGUCCAGGUGGCUUGGGUGAAGAGUCAAAAGGGAUGGGUCGAUGUAGAACUAGUCAUUGGCAUCGACGGUGCAAUGGUAAGGGCGCAAGGUCUGAGGGGCGCGAUCGAAAUUAACGAGGGCCACGGCCACGACCACGACCAUGCACACCAUGAGAAUACCCACCCCGUCCACCAUCAAGAGGAAGUCGAAGUUCUCAGCGUGGUGCUACACAACACAGAUUCUUCCAAGCCGGCCCAGGGCGUUGUGCUGGAUUCAUUUGAGGAUCUACUCCUCGGGGCCCCGAAGGACGAGGUCUACCGCAUCAAGGGACUCGUCUUAUCGUCCAACCCUCCUCCCGACUCAACCGGCGAUCGCAAACCGAGCAUUGCAAUCGACUCAGAAGGCCAGAGUCUGUAUGUUCUCAACUGGGCGUUCGGGAGAUGGACAUAUACCCCCUUACCGGGUACAGCGUUCAAGGCGAUGGAACGAGCAAGUGCACGACUCACGUUUAUUCUAGCCCGCGGCGAAUCGAGUAAAUGGAUCAGACGGCUGGAGCGUGGUGAUUUUAUCAAGUUGGAGGGUGAAGGCGGCACCGAGGAGAACGGAACAUUGAAGAUUGAGAAGAUUGGAUGA